CAGUGUAUAUGUCAUGUCGCCAAAGCGACCACGUAUUUACAACCGGAAAUGGAAUUAAUUAAUUGGUUAUAAAUUUCCAGUUAGUUUCUGUUUGUGAAUCGCGCUGAAAUUACCGCUCUAGAUUCAGAUAUAACUUUGUGAUGGAUGGAGAAAUGACCAGGAAUAUAUGAUAAUGUAUCUUCACAGCAUUUUAUCAGAAUGUUAAGAAAAUUUCCAUGAAUUGGUGAGAAAAAGAACCAGUGUGACAUAAUGGCGGCAAAGGUGGCACCAAAAACACUUCCUCCACUACAGAGAAGACCAAGCAUACAAUAUGAUGAUCAGGCUAUAGAAGUAGAGAAUGUUGGUGGUACACCAUUUAAAUUGGAUGAAGAGACAAAAUGGAUACGUGAUAACAUAAAACGACGAGAAUGUUCAAGUUUUAUACCACCUGCCAACACUCCAGAAGAAGAGAGGAGAAAAGUUAAUUGCCAGUGUGGAUAUGCCUACAACAAACAUAUUCCAAAUUCAGACACAAGACACCUUGAAAAGUGGGUCUACAACAAACAUUCCAUCAAGAAAACAACAAAUGCGUUUGGAGACAUAGAAUUUGAGGGCUAUGGUGGAAAUGUGGGAAAGUAUGUACGGGUAGACGUAGACACAAAGAUGUCGGACAUGUUAGACCUGAUGAUGGAGGUAUGGGGACUUGACAAGCCAAAUCUUCUCAUCUCAGUGACUGGUGGUGCCAAAAACUUUCAAAUGAACAAACGACUCAAGGAGACAUUCAGACGAGGUCUGAUGAAGACUGCUUUAACUACAGGAGCUUGGAUUGUGACAGGAGGGACUCAUGCGGGUGUGAUGAAACACGUAGGUGAAGCUGUUAAAGAUUUCGGUGUGGCAUCAACAUCAAAGAACCCUGUCAUCUCAAUUGGUAUAGCACCGUGGGGCUGUAUACAAAACAAAGAAGUUCUCAUUGAUGAUCAGUGUACAGGACUAUGGCCAGCUAACUACAGAAUUGAGAAUGAACAGAAACCUCACGAGAGUUUUCUGGACCCUAACCAUACACAUUUUAUCCUAGUGGAUAAUGCUACAGAACACAAGUUUGCUAUGGAGAUUGACUUUAGAACAAGACUGGAAAAUAAUAUAGCCAAAAUAAGAACAGACACAGGAGACAAUGCUGUAUCAGUGCCUAUAGUGUUGUUAGUGUUGGAGGGCGGGCCAGGUACGUUGGAGAAUGUACAUCAAGCUAUACAUAAGAACACACCAUCUGUAAUAGUGAAGGGGUCGGGUAGAGCUGCUGAUAUUCUAGCAUACGCUUAUCAGAACUCGAAGGAAGAAGAAAUAGAAGCCACAGACCAGGAAGGAAAGAAACAGAAAAAAGCACGAAGAUUCAUGGACGAUUCCCUGCUGGUAGAAGUUAAAGAGAUGGUGGAAAAAGAGUUUAAAAACGAUGUAGACACACAUGUUGGUCGUAUAAAAGAUUGUCUAGAAAAAUGUGAUCUCAUGUCAGUGUUUGAGCUAGAUAAUAAGUCAGGGGUUAAAGAAAUUGAUGUAGCUAUGUUACAGGCAUUAUUGAAAGCCAAUAAGAAUCAGGUAUUUGAUCAGCUACGUCUUGCCCUCGCCUGGAACAGAAUUGAUGUUGCAAAAAGUGAUAUCUUCACAGAUGACAAAAGAUGGCCGACUGGAAGUUUGGAUGAUGUAAUGUUCUCUGCUAUACAAUUGAACAGGGUUGAUUUUAUUGAACUGUUUCUAGACCAUGGAGUGUCCCUCAAAGAAUUUCUUACAAUGAAAAGACUUCUAUUGUUAUACAAUAAG